AUGCCGUUGGACAUAGCAUUUAACCUUGGUUGGAAGAUUGCGAACGUAGUCAAGGGGACGUGCAGUCGUUCCAUUUUGAAGACGUAUCAAUCCGAACGGCGACGCAUUGCGCAGGAUCUCAUCGAAUUCGAUCACAAGUUCUCUCGCCUCUUCUCCGGACGACCUGCCAAGGACGUGGCGGACGCCGAAGGGAUUAGCAUGGAUGAGUUCAAGGAGGCGUUUGUAAAGGGCAACAUGUUUGCCAGCGCGGUUGACUACGGCGCCAGCAGCAUUGUGGCCAAAGGUGGAAGCACCACCGACCAAGGCGAUGGCACCGACGUCGCUGCGGCCGAGAAGUACCGGGUUGCUUCCCAUCAGGACCUGGCAACGGGGAUUCCAGUGGGCAAGCGUAUCGACAGUGUCAAAGUUUUAAACCAAGCCGAUGCCCGGCCCUGGCACUUGCAAGAAUUGCUGCCCAGCAACGGACGCUGGCGAGUGCUUUUCUUUACCGGCGACGUCACCAAAAGCGAGCAGCGUAAACGGCUGGACGAUCUAGGCACUGCCAUCGAUAACCCACACUCCUUCCUCCGCCACUUCACGCCCCCCGGAGGCCGACACGACGCCGUCUUCGAGCUUCUCGCCGUGCAUAGCGCGCCGCGCACUUCGGCAACCAUCUUCGAAUUCCCUGCCGUCUUCCGCGUGUACGACGACGAAGAAGGUUACGACUACACGAAAAUCUAUGUUGACGAUGUCUCGUACCAUGAGGGCCACGGCAAAAUCUACGAAACAUUUGGCAUCUCUCCGGAGGGAUGCGCGGUGGUGAUCCGUCCCGAUCAGUACGUUUCGUACGUAGGGCCGCUGGAUGAUGUCGAGACGUUGAAUCGGUUCUUCAGUGGUUUUAUGCUCUCACCGCUGCUCAGUAACCGGGGCAAGACCAAGACGAACGGCGCGAUUGCGACGGAUACCGACCAGUUGGUGAUGUAG